CAGGGUUCAAGAUGCACUUGAUCAACACUUUAACAUGUUUCAUAUUCGCUAGCACGAUAACUGGCUUGAUAAUACCCAAUGAUGUCGACGAUUCACAUCCAAAAUACCAUGAUGAAGUGCAACAAAGUCCUUCAGACGUCAAGGUCUUUGAAUUAGUAAAUGGGGCAUAUUUAGAAAAGAGACGAGGCGGUUUUAGGUCAUCUGGUAGUUCUAUUUCCAGUAGUUCUUCAUCUGGCGGUAGCACUAAAGGUGGUUCUACAUCCGGCAGUACCUCAUCUGGCGGUAGCACUAAAGGUGGUUCUACAUCCGGCAGUACCUCAUCUGGCGGUAGCACCAAAGGUGGUUCUACAUCCGGUACUUCCUCUGGUUCGAGGGUAGGACUGAAUUCGUAUGCAUAUCAAUGUGGAGCUGUAUCUGGGAGACAUACCUGUGGGUAUGGUCCGUAUUAUGCACCUACUGCUGCAGCUGCUGCUGCUGGCUAUGGUACUGCUAGAUAUCACGGAUUAAGAAAUACAACUAGUCAAACCAAUUCAACAGAGACGUCUAAACCUGAGCUGUCGUCGUCUGUAUCAGAGAGUGCUACACCUGCAACCACCAGUACGUCAACGAAAAAAAGUAAUGGUGGUAUGACUUUGGGUUUGCCUUCGUACGGAACAAUACUUCCCAUAGUUUUUGCAUUAAUAUAGACAAGUCUUAUAUAUUCAAUCUCACCUCAAUGUAUCCUUAUAGUAAAACAGAUAAUUGAAAAGAUACAUCAAGUAGCC